UCUCUCACCAAACUGACCAAUCCCUACUAAGCCUUAUUUCAAACGUACCUUCCUCUCCCCCCCCCCCCCUCUCUCUCUCUCUACCUUCUAGGCUGCAGCGGCGACUCUUCGUCCAAGGACUUAUCCAUUUUCUAAACACCCAGGACCACCAACCAAUAUAAAAUAAUAUUCUCACAAUAAAGAGAUCGACUUGCAUGCACCCACCGAGACUAAUAAAAGCUCCAAACUGAAGAAUCAAAAGGCUAGCAAUUAAGCACACCACACCAUAUUCAUCCAUCAAUUGUACCAAUGGCCGGCGCAGGGGCAGCAGAGGCGUACCAGGAGCUCUUCCCCGCCGUGCCCCCAUGGCUGAAUAAAGGCGACAACGCGUGGCAGAUGAUAGCCUCCACGCUGGUGAGCCUGCAGAGCAUGCCGGGCCUGGUCAUCCUCUACGGCAGCAUCGUGAAGAAGAAAUGGGCGGUGAAUUCAGCCUUCAUGGCCCUCUACGCCUUUGCCGCCGUCCUGAUCUGCUGGGUUCUCCUCUGCUACCGCAUGGCCUUUGGCGACAAGCUCCUUCCCUUUUGGGGCAAGGGCGGCCCCGCCCUCGGCCAGAAGUACCUCAUCCACCGAGCCGCCGUCCCCGAAAGCACCCACUAUCACUCCAAUGGCACCCUCGAGACCCCCAUGAACGAGCCUUUCUAUCCCAUGGCCUCCCUCGUCUACUUCCAGUUCACCUUCGCUGCCAUCACCCUCAUUUUACUUGCCGGCUCUAUCCUCGGUCGUAUGAAUAUCAAGGCCUGGAUGCUUUUCGUCCCUCUCUGGCUAAUCUUCUCCUACACCGUCGGAGCUUUCAGCCUCUGGGGCGGCGGCUUUCUCUACCACUGGGGCGUCAUCGACUACUCCGGCGGCUACGUCAUCCACCUCUCCUCCGGCAUCGCGGGUUUCACCGCCGCCUAUAUUGUUGGACCUCGAUUGAAGAGUGACAGAGAGAGAUUCCCGCCCAAUAACGUGUUACUGAUGUUGGCGGGGGCGGGGCUGCUGUGGAUGGGGUGGUCGGGGUUCAACGGGGGAGCACCGUACGCGGCCAACAUAGACGCGUCCAUAGCGGUGUUAAACACCAAUAUAUGCGCCGCCACGAGCCUUCUGGUUUGGACAUCUCUCGACGUGGUGUUCUUCGGGAAGCCAUCGGUUAUCGGAGCCGUCCAGGGGAUGAUGACUGGGCUCGUUUGCAUUACCCCCGGAGCAGGCGUGGUCCAGGCGUGGGCGGCGAUAGUGAUGGGGAUUCUUUCCGGGAGCAUUCCAUGGGUGUCUAUGAUGAUCAUCCACAAAAGGUCGACGUUAUUGCAACAGGUAGAUGAUACCCUGGGCGUGUUCCAUACACACGCUGUGGCUGGGCUGCUGGGGGGACUACUAACAGGUUUGUUCGCAGAGCCAACUCUUUGCAGGCUAUUACUGCCAGUGAGCAAUUCAAGGGGUGCAUUUUACGGGGGGAGCGGUGGAAUGCAAUUCCUGAAGCAAAUUGUGGCGGCUCUGUUUGUGAUUGGAUGGAACAUAAUAUCCACCACCCUAAUUCUUCUAGGUAUAAAGUUGUUCAUACCUUUGAGGAUGCCAGAUGAAAAACUCAUGAUUGGGGACGACGCCGUUCAUGGAGAGGAAGCUUAUGCUCUUUGGGGUGAUGGAGAGAGAUACGACCCUAAAAAACAUGGUUGGCAUUCUUCCUCCUAUGCUCAAGAGAUACAACAGUCACAGCAGGUUAAUGGUGCACGAGGUGUAACCAUCAAUUUGUAAUUCCUAUGUCUUCGUUACAUGUGGAUAGGAAAACAGAAAUAUGCAGAAUUUUGAACACAACUUUUGAGUUUUGGAAUUUCAAUUGGUUUAGUAAAUAUAAAUGAAGUUGUAAUCUUGUAAUAGGAAAAAAUUUUGAGUAUAAAUAGUGUUUGUAAUUUAUAAUGUUAGUUUUAUUUACUCAAAAA